AGGAUGGCGCUGAUUUCAACAUUGCCACUUCAUCGCUUCAUGCAUUAAGCAACAGUAUGACCACAACCACACCUGCCACGGACAAGCAGAGCCCGCAUACGUCGCCACGUUUCGCUCGCCGAAGCACUACUCCUAGCUUACUGGCAGUACAGAACGACUUAUAUGCAGGCCACAUACCGAAUCUUACAUUGGUGAAUUCUGGCGGCAGCAACUACAUCGUGGCUGCUAACGCAUCGGCUAUAGCUAACGCAGUACUUUCACCACAGCCCACGCCCACUGCACCGCCUAUACAUGCCCCCAAUGGCGGAAGUAGUAGUACAAAUGUCGCGAGUGCUGCGCAAAAAUCGACACAUCGGAUGAGCGCGCCUCUUAUGGGAGCUACCUCAGCCUCGAACGGCAGUAAUCCCAACAGCAAUUAUGUGACGAGAAUGGCGACAAGCAAAUCCGAACAUAACGACAAUUCCUCGUAUGCCAUACUACAAGGCCUACAAGAUCCUUUGCAAGCAAAUACACAACAGCAGCACACAACUACACAACGUCAUGUUGCUCCUCCGUUGCCACCGCGAAAGGCAUCGCCUGGUGUUGAGAAUAGUGCCACAACAAUUAUAGCUGGUGCAAGUUGUACUGUAACUCCAGUUAUAGCUAAAUCGUGUGAGACAGCGACAGUCAAACAUAAAGGGCAAACAGCAAUGGGUGGAGGAACUCCUUCAGAUAGUUUAGCGACGAAUACAGAAGGAGCUGCUGCGCCACCGCAAACAACAGCUCCACCCAUACCUCCACAUGGCAACUUGAUGUUGGUAGACAGUAUUGUUGAAGAUUUGCGAGCACAACAGAUUGGCGUGACCACAUCGACGACUUCCACUCCUCAUUCACUGACAACACAGUCAACAGCGGGUUCUGGACCUGCUUCUACGCCUACACGCUCAAUACUCGACGAUGACAUAGUCGGACCGGCAGAAACUAUUAUGGGUGUAAUUGACACUCGGCCCUUGGAAGCACGAUUGGCAGUAUCCGCUCGCAUUUUGGAACCAACAACCGUAAAGCUGCCACCAGUAACUGCUAUUAACCCCAUGGCGUGCACUCCGCAUUACACACAAAUAUGCAAUGCGACUUCAUCAACGCAACCACUGGCAAUGGCACCAGCUGCAACCACGGGAGGCUCAGUAGUAACUGCGACAACGGUGGCAUCGCAGCGAAGUCAACAGCAAGCCACACAAACACUACAGCAACUACAACAACAGCCGCUUCUAUACGAGAAUGUGGCGAUCAAUCAAAAAGACUGCAAUGUACCAUAUGAAAAUAUCAAUCUUGAAUACAUUGCACGGCUUGUGAAGGAGGGCUAUACCAAAGAAAACGCUAUUACAGCGCUGGGCAUUUCUCGCAACAAUAUUGAGAUGGCAUGCGACAUUUUGCGCGAGUUCGUGUCGAAGAGUACUGUUUGAGAUGAGCGGCCGGCAAGUAUGAUACCUGAGAUAUUAUCAAAUCUAGUAAGCAUUGAAUGCAAUAUUACAUACAUAGUUACAUAUAUCAGGUUAGUCUAAAGAAAAAUUUCAUGUUUGCCCUUUCGAAAAGCGUUUGGCAAGUUAAAUUCGACAUAAGUAAAAGUAAAAACUGAAUUCCAACUUCUGAAAAGUCUUACAUCAAUUAAUAAUGCAUACAUUUUUAUUUAAACACCCUCGAUUUAAGUAAAUUGUUUGAAAUAGUUUAUACGAGUAUAAGAAAUAAAUUGAAUUCCCCUUGAAAAGGACAUAUUUUAAAUAUAAAAAUACUUAAAAAUUUGUAUGCCUAUUGAUUUAAAUUUAAAGGAAUAUAUGUGUAAUUUUACCGUAAAUACGAGAUCGUAUACUCACAUACAUACACAUAUGUAUGAUCUGCAGCUUAUAUUCAUAAAUACAAAGGCAGUUAUUAGCACGUAGUGGCAGAAUGAACAAAUAAUCAAUCCUUAUUACUCAAAAUGUAAGAAAAUGAUCGAAAAGGUAGACAGCUAGUUUCAAUUUAUGUACAAUUGACUUGAAGCUUAAAAAACCAGUACUAAACAAUCCAUAACGAUUUUAGUAUUAAGAUUCUUAUUAAUAUAGCAUACAUAUAUGAACUCGAACCAGUAUACACACACUUAUAUACAUAUACAUAUUUAUUGCAAUAAUAUUUACAGGAACAACUCAAGUAUGACAUUAUGUACUCUAAAAACUGCUUAUAUACAUAAAGUAAAUACGAAAACAAAUUUUCUAUACUCCAAUAUCAACAACGAAAACAGAAGAAACCAAUUAAUAACUCCCAAUUUGCUUCCUUUUUUUCUAACAAAUAGGGGGGUUCUUAAUUAACUAUACUAUCACGGGAGAAACUUUAUUAAAUAAGUGUGUGUUUAACAUACAUAUUUCAAUUCGAAUUCAUUGAAAAAGUGCAAUGCUUAGGGAUGUUGAACAAAUUUCCGUUUGAGGUUCACUUUUUUUGGAGAUUUUGUAGUGGGUUAUGACAAAGCUAAUUCUACUGAAACAA